CAGCGCCCUCCUACCCGGAAACGAACCUUUACACUGGAGCAGUAAACACGUGUGUGAGGAGGACGGAGAGUGAAGGAGUAGCAGCUAUACAGCUGGGUCAUGGGUAAGUCCAAGCAGGUCGGAAACCACAAAAGCGACAAAAAGAAGAACAUUGCAAAGACAUGGAAAACGAAGCGUAGGACGAAGGACCUGGAUCAGAUCCAUGCGGACAUGAUCCCCGCAAACGCCGCCAAGCUGCUGAAACAGGACGUGGACUACGAUGUCACAGGCUGCGCUCAGCACUACUGUCUGCACUGCGCGCGAUACUUUGUUGACCUGAAAACCCUGAAGGAGCAUUUCAAGACCAAAGUCCAUAAAAAACGGUUGAAGCAGUUGAGAGAGGAGCCGUACACCCAGGCUGAGGCUGAGAGAGCAGCGGGGAUGGGCUCCUAUAUCCCGCCGAAAAAGGUGGAGGUUCACACACAGCAAGUGGAGGAGGACAUGGAAUGAACGCCCUGGUUUUCCCUGCAGCGCUGGAGCAUAACGAUCACUGUUAAGAUGGUGGAGUCUGCAUCACUUGCAAAGCUUUAAAUGAUCUUAAUGUGAUCUUAAUGCUGUCAAGCAUUGUGGGAAACCUGCUUUGC